AUGGCUGAAAGCGUUCUUUCUGCCUUCUUAACAGUGGUCUUUGAAAAGCUUGCCUCUGAAGCCUUGAAGAAGAUCGCUCGUUCCAAGGGAAUUGAUUCUGAGCUCAAGAAAUUGAAGAGGUCAUUAGACCAGAUCCAGGAUCUGCUUAAUGAUGCUUCUCAGAAGGAGAUAGUUAAUAAAGCUGUUAAAAGAUGGCUGAUUGGCCUCCAACAUUUAGCUUAUGACAUAGAUGACGUGCUUGACGAUUUGGCAACCGAAGCUAUGCAUCGAGAGUUGACUGAUGAAUCUGGAGCCUCCACCAGCUUGGUAAAAAAGCUAAUCCCGACUUGUUGCACAAAUUUUUCACUAAGUACUAGGAUGCGUAGCAAAUUAGAUAAUAUUACCAUCAAGUUACAAGAACUGGUAGACGAAAAAGAUAAUCUUGGUUUAAGUGUGAAUGGUGAAAGCCCAAAGCAUACGAACAGAAGAUUACAGACCUCUUUGAUAGAUGCAUCUAGCGUUGUUGGUCGUGAAGAUGAUAAGGAUGCGUUGCUCCAUAAGCUACUACGGGAUGAACCAAGUGAUAGAAACUUUAGCAUCGUGCCCAUAGUUGGUAUGGGUGGGGUGGGUAAGACCACUCUAGCUAGAGUUUUGUAUGAUGAAAUGCAACGGAAGGAUCACUUCAAACUCAAGGCGUGGGUUUGUGUUUCCGAUGAGUUUGAUAUCUUCGGUAUAAGCAAAACUAUAUUUGAAUCCAUAGGUGGGGAAAACCACGACAUUAAGGAUUUAAAUUUGCUUCAAUUAGCUAUAAAAGAAAAGAUCUCAAGAAAACGAUUUCUUCUUGUUCUUGAUGACGUGUGGAGUGAACGCUAUGCUGAUUGGGAAAUUCUGGAACGCCCAUUCCGCGAAGGGGCAGCUGGAAGCAAAAUUAUCAUAACGACUAGGAAGUUAUCAUUGCUGACCCAAUUGGGGUACGAUCAACCUUACCGUCUUUCGGUUUUGUCACAUGACAAUGCUCUAUCUUUAUUUUGUCAACAUGCCUUGGGGAAAAGCAACUUUGCCUCACAUCCGACACUAAAACCACAUGGUGAAGGUAUUAUCAACAAAUGCGACGGUUUGCCAUUAGCUUUGAUCUCACUUGGGAGGUUGUUGAGGACAAAAACAGACAAGGAAGAAUGGAAGGAAGUGUUGAAUAGUGAGAUAUGGGGGUCAGGAAAGGGAGAUGAGAUUGUUCCGGCUCUUAGACUAAGCUACAAUGAUCUCUCUGCCUCUUUGAAGCAGUUGUUUGCAUACUGCUCCUUGUUCCCAAAAGACUAUUUGUUCAAUAAGGAUGAGUUGAUUUUGUUGUGGAUGGCAGAAGGGUUUUUGCACCAAUCAACCACAAGCAAGUCGAUGGAACGCUUGGGUCAUGAAGGUUUUGACGAGUUGUUGUCAAGGUCAUUUUUUCAACAUGCCCUUGAUGACAAAUUGGUGUUUGUGAUGCAUGACCUGAUGAAUGACUUGGCCAAAUCUGUGAGUGGUGAAUUUUUUUCAAGGUUGGACAUCCAGAUGAAGAAGGAAAUUAGGAAGGAAGCUUUGGAAAAGUACCGCCAUAUGUCAUUUGUUUGUGAGGAUUACAUGAUUUACAAAAGGUUCGAGGCAUUCAAAGGAGCUAGAAAUUUGAGAACAUUCUUAGCAGUGUAUGCUGGGAUAAACGAAAGUUGGAGAACGUUUUACAUAUCGAAUAAGGUCAUGGAUGACCUACUCCACGAGUUACCUUUGUUAAGGGUCCUCAGUUUGUGUCAACUUAACAUAAGCAUGGUACCUGAAUCCAUUUGUAGUUUAAAGCACUUGCGGUAUCUUAAUUUAUCUCGAACUGAAAUAGCAUGUCUACCGGAUAAUGUCUGCAACCUUUGUAAUUUACAGACGUUGAUUGUUUCUGGCUGUUAUAGUUUGAAAAAGUUGCCCAAGAGCUUCUCAAAGCUUAUAAAUUUUCAGCAUUUUGACAUGAGGAAUACUCCACGUGUAAAGAAGAUUCCCUUAGGGAUUCUUGAGUUGAAAAGCCUACAAACUCUCUAUGGGAUCGUUAUUGAAGGAAACAAUGCAAUUUCAAUAACCGAGCUUAAGGACUUAAAGGAUCUCCAAGGGAAAAUUACCAUUAAGGGGCUGGAAAAAGUACAAGUCUCAGUGCAUGCACAGGAAGCGAACUUAUCUGAAAAGAAGAUAAGCGAGUUAGAUUUAGAAUGGAGUGAUGUAUUUGAUGGUUCUCGAAAGGAAACACUUGAAAAGGAGGUCCUGAAUGUGCUAAAGCCUUGUAGUGAAAAACUAAAAAGCCUAGGAAUUGCAUCAUACGGAGGUUUAGAGUUUCCAAGUUGGAUUGGGGAUCCCUCAUUUGGUCGGCUGACUCGUGUUUCGAUAAGUGGUUGUAAAAACUGUACAUUUCUACCGUCACUUGGGCAGUUACCAUUACUUAAGGAGUUGUAUAUUGGAGGGAUGAAUGAGGUAAAAGUUGUGGGUCUGGAGUCACUUGGGACCGGUCUUGCAUUCCCUUCACUUGAAAAAUUAUGGUUUUAUGAUAUGGAUGGGUGGGACGCAUGGUCAACCAAUAAUAGUGGGGUUGUCCGUACAUCAUUUCAAUGCCUUCAAGAGCUUCAUAUUGAAAGUUGUCCUAAUUUGGUUAGAGUCUCACUUGAAGCGUUACCUUCACUGAGGGUUCUAAUGAUUCAUGGUUGUGGCCAUGAAGUGUUAAGAAGUUUGGUCCGUGUAGUUUCAUCGAUCACCAAGUUGAAUAUUAGUAAUAUCUUAGGACUUGAUGAUAAGGUGUGGGGAGGUGUUAUAGAAUAUCUUGGGGCAGUUGAAGAACUAAGCAUUGAAGAGUGUAGUGAAAUAAGAUACUUGUGGGAAUCAGAAGCAGAGGCAGGUAAGUAUCUUGUGAAUUUAAGGAAGUUGGAAGUAAGUAAUUGUUCAAAAUUGGUGAGUUUAAGAGAGAAAGAGGAGGAGGAUAAUUGUGGAAGCAACCUAACAUCUCUUACCAUCUUGGCCGUAUUGGGUUGUAAAAGCUUGGAGCAUUGCAACUGUCCAAAUAGCCUCAAGUCACUUACCAUCCGGAAUUGUAAUAAAUUAUCGGAAAAGGAGUUGAUAGGAGGACGCGAGAAGCCUCUGAUCAACUCAAACAUACUCAUGCUUGAAUCUGUAUACAUAACUGAUUGGCCAAAUCUGAAAUCGAUCACUGAAUUGAGUUCCUGUUGGAUUAGUGUCUAA